GCUAGUCAGGCCUGAACUCCUCCCGAGCGUGACUGCGAGGUGUGGAGGGUCGGGCCAGGUUUCUCUCGUGCUGAGUGGUGCCUGUUCUUGGCAGGUCCCAGUGCUGGUCCCAGAGCAACCAGCAGGGUUUCCUCAGCUCUGCCUGGCUGGGGCAGAGCGUACUUGCAGCACUGAGCGGAACCAUCCCCCGGUUGGACGUGGGCAUGUGACAGGGCUUUAGGGAGCGGCCAAGUAUGGCCACAGACACAGAUGGCAACUGUGCCAUCUGCCAGGACACCUGGGAUGAUGUGGCUUCUACUCUGCCCUGUGGCCACCAGUUCUGCCGGGGCUGCAUUCUGCGAUGGGCACACACAAAUCCAUCAUGCCCACUGUGCAGAGGAGCAAUAGAGACUGUCAGGUUUUCUGAUGAUGCCGGUGACUCUCUAGAGAUUGUCAUCACAGCCCCUGAGCAGCUGCCAGCAGCCACGAGCUCAUCAGAACGAGCUCCCGGCAGCCAGGAUGAGAACAGCCCCCAUGGCCCUGUGCCAGCCUAUCCCUCUUCUCCUCAGAACACACCAGCCAGAGCUGUCGGUGGUGUCCUGCCCGAGGUCUGGGCACAGCUUUUCCGCCGCCGCCGGGAACUUCUGGAGCCUGUGCGGACUUGGCUGAGCCAGAGGAUGGAGGCCAUCCAAAGGGAGCAGUGGUGGAUGGCAAGGAGCACACAGAGUGCCAUCCUGUAUGCUCUCUGUGUGUAUGGGCCAGACCAGGAGGUCAUGAUCCAGAGUUUACAGGGUGUCCUGGAGGAACACACAGUGCCACUGGUCCAGGGCACCAUCGACAUCAUUGUGAGACACUGCAGCUCAGGGGCUCAGAGGCUGCUGCGCUCCCACACUGCUGCAGAUGAGGAUGACAGCCCAGCAGCCAGCAGCAGCUCCAGCACAUCCAUUUCAAUCUUCUCCAGCUUCUCCAGCCCAAACAACCCCAACUCCUCCAGCCCCAACAACCCCAGCUCCCCCAGCUCCAAUAGCCCCAGCUCCAGCUCUUGGAUGUGGACUCCAGCCAGCAGCCCUGAAGUCCCCACAGAGGAAGAAGAGGAAGCUGCCACAACGGAGGCCACCCCCAGCAGGGAUCAAAGCCACCCCCCAGCUGUGGUGGUGUCCCCAGAGCAGGACCAGCCCCAGGAUGAGGCAGGUCCCUCUGUCCAGAGCACCAGCCUCAGACCCUGUGGUCCCACCCAAGGCAGGCGCUGCUUGCCUGGGCAGCCCCGGCAGUCUCUAAAGAGAAAGGCCUCGGACUCUCCACACCUGUGCAAGAGAUCCCCCCGCCAGUAGAACUAGCAAGGCUCCUUCAACCCCUUAUUUAAGAAAAAAUAAAGAAAUUGUUGUUAUUUCCCCCA